AUGGCAGAAGCUUUGAAAGAGAUUAUUGAUUACGGAGUAUCGUUAGGUUACAAAGAAGAUACUCUUAGAGAAUUCGUUAGACACCAACAGGAUAUUCAGAGAGAAGAGCGGCUGGCAGAAAGAGAACGUCUGAAAGAGGAGCUAGAGUACCAGCGGAUGAAGGAGAAACAUGAUAAACAGAUGCAGCUGCAGCAGCUGACUCAUCAACAACAAAUGGAAAUGCUUCAUGAGAAAGAGAAGUUGAAAAUAGCAGGGGUUGAGGAGGUAACUGUUAAGUUCAAAGGUCCAAAAAUCCCGGCUUUUGAGGAUGGGAAGGAUGAAAUGGGCAGCUAUUUACGUAGAUUUGAACGAUAUGCAGAGUUACAAAAGUGGCCGAAAACAUCUUGGGCUAUGAGUCUAAGUGCACUCCUUAAAGGUAGGGCUCUCGAUAUUUAUGCAUUAUUACCAGCAGAUGAUGCUUUAGAUUAUGACAACCUGAAGAUAGCACUCCUCAAACGCUAUGAGCUUACAGAGGAUGGGUUUAAACACAAGUUCAAAUCAGCAAAACCAGAAACGGGUGAGACAUUCGUACAAUUUUCUGUUAGAAUGAGUAGUUAUUUGCUAAGGUGGUUAAAAAUGGCCAAAAUAGCAGAAACAUUUGAGGCAUUAUUUAAUUUAGUAUUGCGUGAUCAGUUCUUGAAUACUUGUAACAGAGAUUUGACUUUGUUUCUAAAAGAGAGAACACCAAAGAGUAUACAGGAGAUGGCACAAUUAGCAGACCAGUAUCGAGAAGCAAGGAUGGCCAACGCUGCGACCCUCAGCAACGUCAAAGGCAACGAAUUUCAACACCCAUUUAAGUUUCGUUCUGGAAAUCACAAAGACUUUUCAGGUGAGAAGAAAAUACAAAAUUCAAACAAGUCAUUUGUUCCAAAAUCGGAAAGACGUUGUUUUAAAUGCAACAGAAUAGGGCACAUUGCAUCGGAAUGCAGAUCAAAACCGAAGAUAGGAGCUGUAACAACGCAAGAACAGAAGGAAAACCAUGAUACUUCAUCUAGUACAGAGGAACAUACAGCAAAGGUAACAUUUGUAAGCACAUUGCCAACAGACACUGGAACCAAUUCUUUGAAUCUUGAUGCAUCAACAAGAGUUUCAUCAUCAUGCUACCAACUGCAACACAACAUGCCAGUAUCAGCAAGUUUUGUUGAAGGUAAGCCAGUUACGGUACUAAGAGACACAAGAUUCAGCGGCAUAGUAGUUCGAAGAAGUAAGAUUGAUGAAGCAAAUUUGAUUCAAGAUAAGUUUCAAACAUGUAUUUUGGCAGAUGGUUCAUCUAUUAGAGUACCAGUUGCUUCCAUCUUUGUUAACACGCCCUAUAUUACAGGAACAUUUGAGGCAUGGUGUAUGGAGAAGCCAGUCUACGAUUUAAUCAUCGGGAAUGUAGCUAAGGUACGAGCACCUGGAGAUCCUGAUCCUGAAUGGUCAGAGGCAAAUGCUGUUGAAACCCGUCAACAAGCAAAGGUAAAAUUAAAACAGUAUCCUCAACUCAAAGUUCCAGAAAUACUUAAGGGAAACAUCACUCCAGACGAGAUUAAACUAGAACAACAAACCGAUGACUCACUGCAGAGAAUGCGACAAUGGGCAAGUUCCGGACAAGUGGUUGACAAACGAACUGCAACAAUACGAUGGUUCAUGCUGAAUGGGUUUGUAUAUCGUGAAUAUCAAACCAAGACUGAAUCAGGUAAGUCUUACAAACAGCUUGUAGUCCCAAAGAAAUUCAGGGAAAUUGUCAUGAAAUUGGCACAUGAGUCAAUCAUGUCUGGUCAUUUGGCUAUAUCACGUACAUCGUCAAGAAUUCUUUCUGAAUUCUACUGGCCUGGACUACAGACUGAUGUCAAGAUGUUUUGUCGUUCUUGUGACAUCUGUCAAAGGACCAUACAAAAAGGUAAGGUUUCUAAGUACCCCCUUCAGAAGAUGCCACUUAUUGAUGUUCCUUUCAAUCGAGUUGCCGUAGACAUCGUCGGACCUAUGCAUCCAAUUACCGACAAAGGGAAUAGGUAUAUUCUUACUUUGGUCGAUUUUGCUACUAGAUACCCUGAAGCUGUACCACUGCCGUCCAUUGAAACGGAGAGAGUUGCGGAGGCGCUCAUAGACAUAUUUUCUAGAAUUGGAGUUCCCGAGGAAAUGUUGAGCGACAUGGGUUCUCAAUUUACAUCAUCAAUUAUGAGAGAGGUAAGUCGGCUACUAUCGUUAAAUCAACUCACUACUACCCCUUACCACCCUAUGACAAACGGCUUGGUUGAGAGGUUUAACGGAACCCUCAAACAAAUGUUAAAACGUAUGUGCUCCGAUCGUCCACGUGAUUGGGAUAAAUAUAUUAACCCAGUAUUGUUUGCUUACAGGGAAGUGCCGCAAGAAAGUUUGGGUUUUUCGCCUUUUGACUUAGUGUAUGGAAGACACAUAAGAGGGCCCAUGGGCAUUUUAAAAGAGCUUUGGACAAAAGAGAUAGACGAUGAUCAGGUAAAAUCUACUUAUCAGUAUGUGUUAGAUUUACGAGAGAGACUUGAGACAACGGCAGAGAUAGCCAGAGAAAACUUGGAGAAAGCUUCUAUGCGACAGGCGAGGUUCUACAACAGGUCAACUAGAGCAAGGAGUAUGAAGGUAGGAGAUAAAGUUUUAGUAUUGCUACCCACAGAUUCAAAUAAGUUACUGAUGCAAUGGAAAGGACCUUUCAGCAUCAAGAAGAAGUUAAACAAAGUUGACUACCAGAUUGAAAUGAAAGGUAAAUUGAAGACGUUUCAUGUAAACAUGCUUAAAAGGUACAUUAACAGGAAUGAUGAUUCAGGGGAAUCAGAUCAGGAUGAUGAAGCUCUAGUCACAUCUGCUGUAAUUGACUGUGCUGCCGAGGAGGAUGAUGACGAGUAUGGCAUAGCGAGUGUUGGGAAUACCAAAGGUGUGGACAUCAACCCAGAGUUAUCACCUGAAGACAGAAAAAAGGUAACAUCGCUUUUGGAUCAGAUUACUGAUGUAUUGUCUGAUGAUCCUGGCUAUACCCAUUUGAUUGAACACGACAUUAAGAUAAACUCAAGUCAACCAAUCAGAGUUAAAUCUUAUGCAAUUCCAUUUUCAAUGAGGGAAAUAGCUGAUAAGGAAGUUGAUAAAAUGUUGGAAUUGAAUGUCAUUGAACCAUCAGAAAGUCCAUUUUCUUCUCCAGUUGUCCUUGUGAAGAAAAAAGAUGACACUUUUCGUUUCUGCGUAGAUUUUAGAGCUAUCAAUGCAUGUUCACAGUUCGAUGCAGAACCGAUGCCAAACGCAGAUGAUAUCUUUUCAAAGUUUGCCAACUACAAGGUAUUUUCAAGGAUCGACUUAUCCAAAGGCUACUGGCAGGUUCCAUUAACAUCGUCAGCUAAACCAAAAAACAGCGUUUCAGACAUCCAAAGGCCUCUUCCAAUUUCGAGUGAUGCCCUUUGGUUUGGUGACAGCACCGGCAACGUUUUCCAGACUGAUGCGUAA